AUGAAACUAGUGAGAUUUUUGAUGAAGCUAAGUCAUGAGACGGUUACAAUUGAGUUGAAGAACGGUAGCGUCGUCCAUGGAACCAUCACCGGUGUUGAUGUUGCUAUGAACACACAUCUUAAAGCUGUAAAAGUUACUUUAAAAAAUAAAGAAGAGCUGCAGUUAGAGACGCUAAGUAUACGUGGAAACAAUAUUAGAUAUUACCUGCUUCCUGACAGUUUACCAUUGGAAACUUUGCUUAUCGAUGAUGCACCUAAAGGCAAGGGUAAACGUGAAGGCUUCCCUCGGGGUAGUACAAGAGGUGGUAGAGGAAGAGGACGAGGUGGUCGUGGAGGACCUAGAGGAGGCCGAGGAGGCCGCGGCCGUGGCAGACGA